AUGCCAGUCAACGGUGAACCGAUUAUUAUUGUUCGAAUUCCAAAGAAGACAUGCAAUCCUCUAGAACCGACUGAUAAAUUAGAUCUCAUAGUGAUGGUUAAAUCCUGUAUUUAUUGUUUCAGUAAGCGGUCAUAUGCACGAGAAACAUAUAUGAAAUUAAAUUUAUGGAGAGAUUUAAAAGUUCAGUUCGUUUUUGUGGUGGGGUUACCAACACCAAACGAAAGUGACAUCUAUCACUUUGAAGGAGUGAAUGUGAAUCUUUAUCGGGACGCCUUGAAGUUAUCAAAAAUAUAUGCAAAUUCACGAUGGUUGGCAGCUAAAAAGCUAGAAAAUGAAAGUAAGGUGUAUCAAGAUAUGUUAAUUGGAUCAUUUUAUGACACAUAUUUCAAUUUAACACUAAAAUUGAUGCUAACAUACCGAUGGGCUGCUACGUUUUGCGAUCAAAAAACCCCGUUGUAUAUCUUUAUUGAUGAUGAUUACGUCCUUUUACCAAAUAAUACGAUUAAUCUGGUCAGAAAACUGAACGCUUCAUUCAUAAAAUCGAUUAUAGGAGGACCAGUGCAUCCUUCAAGUGUAGUAGCAAGGCCAUCAAAAGACUACUUUCACUUGAAGUGGGCAGUUUCGGAAAGAGAGUACCCAUGGGAAUAUUAUCCUCCCUACUUUUACGGAACCGGUUAUAUUUUGAGUUCUACUAUUAUUAAUGAUGCUUCUUUAGCUAUGGCUUUUACACAAAAUAUCCGUAUUGAUGAUUCAUAUUUAGGAAUUGUAUUAAGCAGAUUGAAUAAAACACUAACUGAUAUGAAAGAAUUCCAGAUAGACGCAGAAGAAAAACAGAUAGAAUCAGGAGCUGUUAUUAUUCACACUGACGUUGCUGAAGAUAUAAUUGACUGGAGUACUGGUCAAGUCAAAAAAACUUAA